AAAAACUACCUGAAUUAUUUAACUCAUAGUUUUUCUUGUCUAGCUGAAAUGACUGAAUCUGACAAAACACUCAGUUUUCAGUUGAGAGUAAUUAUACUGAGAAAUUAAGAAACAUUUCCAGCGUGUACGAGAAAAGGAUUCAUUAUUCAUGUAAGACUAAUAUAUAUCAUAUUACAUACGUACAUGCAUAUGUGAAAGGCUGCAAAAUUUUAAUUUAGUGAAUACGUGCGCGCGCAAUUUCCCCGAGUAUGAACCGGCAGAUUUUUGCUUAUCAUUUAUGACUUGCGCCUUAAUUGAAAUUUUCUUCAAAAUACUCUUCUCCCCACUCGCUUAGAUAAAAAUUGAGAAAAUCCCAUUUCCUCUUUAUUAUUCUUUUCUUUAAAUUAUAGUUUAUUAUAGGGAGUGUUGGAAGGGCCUGAGAGCUUCGAAGAUUUCCGGGAGAGGGAGGGGUGACCCUUGAAUUGUAGAGUCAAGCUGCGCUGAUAAAAGAGUAUUGUUAUAUUCGGACUGUGGAGAACACAUUCAAAGCUAUGGAGAAUCCAUUCAAAUGUUUUUUGAAAAAUAAUAUAAUCGGUGUAAACUAUUUGUUCCUCUCAUUCUGCUAGCUCGACACUGUCUGGAAAUUUUUCUCUGACAACUAAACUUCUUCAACAUCAAGUAGAUGCUUAGCUUUGAACAAACGUACUUGAAAAAUAUGUCAAGGAACAAAACUUCAGUUCAUGGUCAUGGAAUAACAAUCCACGACGAGAGUUUGUUCAAGCAGUCACUGUAAAUUAACAAUAUGAGUGCAAGAAAUAAAAGGUCAAAAAAAGAAUCGAGUGAUAGUGGCAACAAAUCAUCAAAAAAGGCUAAGGCUUCAAAUGAGACAGGAAACAAUGGCGAUGCUGAAUCAGAAAAUUCUAUCAAUCAAAGUGCUCCCAAAUCUUCUGCAGUAACACUGACAGGAAAAGAAGCUGAGGAGGAUGAAUAUGGCGGUCGCGAUUACCGUAAAGUGGUCCAGUUAAAGUUAGAUCAUGAUUCUCGUCCUUUAUGGGUGGCCCCAGAUGGCCAUAUCUUUUUGGAGUCAUUUUCACCUGUUUACAAACAUGCUCACGACUUCUUAAUUGCCAUUUCCGAGCCAGUAUGUCGACCGGAACAUGUGCACGAGUACAGAUUGACUGCCUAUUCAUUGUAUGCUGCUGUUUCUGUUGGACUUCAGACCAACGACAUAAUUGAAUAUCUGCGAAGAUUGAGUAAAACAUCAAUUCCAGAUGGUAUUAUUCAGUUUAUUAAGCUAUGUACCUUGAGUUAUGGCAAAGUCAAGUUGGUUUUGAAACACAAUCGAUAUUUUGCCGAGAGUUCAUUUCCGGAAGUCUUACAGAGGUUACUUCGGGAUCCUGAUGUCCAAAUGUGCAGGAAAAGAAACGAUACUGAUGUGGCUGAAAAUGACACACAACUCUUGUCAACAACCGUAUCAACAAAAUCUGUAUUUCAGCCCCAUAAGGUCAGGCCAUCAUCAGCGCCAACCACAGAAAUUACUAACGUUGAAGAAGAAAAGGACAAAACUGAGGUCGAGUCAUCGAUUCCAACCGAUAUCACAGAUUAUAUAGAUAAAAUAGAUCAAGAUGAAGACGAGGAGGAGGCGCAGUCAUUUUCUUUUGAAGUUGCACAAGAACAUAUUGAAACGUUGCAAAGAAAAUGUAUUGAGCUGGAUUAUCCAUUGUUGGCUGAAUAUGAUUUCAAGAACGAUACAAUUAAUCCUGACCUAAAUGCUGAUUUGAAACCAACAACAGUUCUACGGCCGUACCAGGAAAAGAGUCUAAGAAAGAUGUUUGGUAACGGAAGAGCACGAUCAGGCGUAAUUGUAUUGCCAUGUGGUGCCGGCAAGACACUGGUGGGCGUAACUGCUGCUUGUACUGUUAGAAAACGUUGCAUUGUUCUGUGUACCUCUGGUGUUGCUGUGGAGCAGUGGAGAAGUCAGUUUAAACUGUGGUCGACAGUGGAAGAUCGCCAUAUUUAUUGUUUCACUGCUGAUUCGAAAAGCAAGCCUGGCGGAUGCAGUAUCGCUAUCUCGACGUAUUCAAUGAUUUCUCAUAGCGGUAAAAGAUCCUGGGAAGCCGAGCAGGUCAUGAAUUUUCUUCAAGGUCAGGAAUGGGGUCUUAUGUUGUUGGACGAGGUGCACACGAUACCUGCAAGGCAAUUUCGAAGAGUACUAACUGCCAUCCAAGCUCAUUGUAAACUUGGUUUAACUGCAACCUUAGUUCGAGAAGAUGAUAAAAUCCAGGAUUUAAAUUUCUUGAUUGGCCCAAAACUUUACGAAGCUAAUUGGAUGGAACUUCAAGACAAUGGAUUUAUAGCAAGAGUUCAAUGUGCUGAGGUGUGGUGUCCAAUGACUCCAGAGUUUUACAGGGAAUAUUUAAAUAUGAGGUCUAGAAAGCGAAAGUUGUUGUAUGUUAUGAAUCCCAAUAAAUAUAGAACAUGCGAGUUCCUUGUCAAGUACCACGAGAGACGAAAUGACAAAGUGAUCGUCUUUUCUGACAACGUGUUUGCCUUGAAGAGUUACGCUGUCAAAAUGAACAGACCAUAUAUUUACGGUCCGACGUCGCAAGGAGAAAGAAUGCAAAUUCUGCAAAACUUUCAACAUAAUCCACUAGUCAACACAAUAUUCAUAUCAAAAGUUGGAGAUAAUUCUUUUGAUUUACCCGAGGCUAACGUUCUAAUUCAGGUUUCGUCUCACGGUGGAUCUCGUAGACAGGAAGCCCAACGUUUAGGCCGAAUCCUGCGAGCGAAGAAAGAUAUGAUUGCUGAAGAAUACAACGCUUUCUUUUAUACUUUGGUAUCAACAGACACCCAAGAAAUGUUUUAUUCUGGGAAACGACAAAGAUUUUUGAUAAACCAGGGAUACAGUUUCAAGGUUAUAACGAAACUGGCUGGUAUGGACGAGGAGAAUUUAGCCUAUGCAACCAAACGAGACCAGCAAGAACUGCUCCAAAAGGUAUUGGCAGCCAGUGACGCUGAUGCAGAUGAAGAAGGGGACGCUCAAUCGCGAUCAUCAUCGCAAAACUCCAGUGCUGUUGUUCGACGAACUGGUUCAAUGGCAUCUUUAUCUGGAGCAGACAGCAUGGUAUACCUUGAGUAUCGAAAGCCAAAUAAAGACAGACAUCCUUUAUUUAAAAAACUUCGAAAAUAAUCUACAUCGAUCAACGAUUC